AUGAAGUUGGAGACUGUCUUAUCCGUAGCCGCAAUUGCUGGUGCCUCACAAGCAGCAGCAGUUGGUAGUUCAGAGUUGAAUGAUGAAUUGGUUCCGAUUGAAAAGAGAACUUUUCUUCUUGCUUCAUAUUACAUCAAAAAGUGGAAGAGUUAUGGUGUUUGCCAAAGAGAUUAUAAAGAUAAACUCUUGAGAGAUGAAUUGGCUUUUGACGUUACUGCCUGGUUACAAGUAACUGAAUUGAAUGGUAAGCCAUGUCCAACGACCACUCUUCCUUGUACCAGAUGUGUCACUACAGAGACAAAGAAUGUUUGGUUUCCUACCACUUAUGUUACAUACUGUCCAAUAACUGAUCGUUCUGUCCCAAGCCCUCAACCCACUAAAGCAACAACCACUGCAACUGUUAACUGUUGUAAUUGGUUUGGACGCUGUACCAAGUCAAUUGUUCCUGCUACAAAAUGUCAUUCUAAAACUUACACAAAAGGUUGUACUAGAACAUAUCAUUGGUGGACUCCUUGCUGGCCAACUUCUCAUACUACAACUACAUCUACAUCUAUUACCACACCUACUACCACCCCAACAACUACACCUUGCACAGGUGAGAGUUGUCUGCCUAUAACUAGUAUUCCCGGAACAAGCGAGACUUCUGAAACAAUUUCAACAUCUAGCUCUACAGUUUAUUCCCUGACUUCCGAAUCAUCGGGCUCUACUGUCCCAGGUACUGAAUCCUCAGGUUCUACUGUUCCAGGUACUGAAUCUUCAGGGUCUACUGUUCCAGGAACUGAAUCCUCAGGUUCUACUGUUCCAGGUACUGAAUCAUCUGGCACAACUGUCCCAGGUACUGAAUCUUCAGGUUCUACUGUUCCAGGUACUGAAUCAUCUGGCACAACUGUCCCAGGUACUGAAUCAUCUGGCACAACUGUUCCCGGCACUGAAUCAUCCAGCACUACACCAGAAUCAUCUAUUCCAAGUACUGUGACCAUUACUUCUGAAACUACCUUUUCAACACAAACCACCACGUGUAAGCCUACCCAUUGUGUGACUAUCAUCAAGUGUGGUGACAAGCGUUGUUGGACCAGGUCAAGAUGUAAGACUACUCAAUGUUCUACUACAACAACACCAGGUACUGAAUCAUCUGGUACAACUAUCCCAGGUACUGAAUCAUCUGGCACAACUGUCCCAGGUACUGAAUCAUCUGGCACAACUGUCCCAGGUACUGAAUCAUCUGGCACAACUGUCCCAGGUACUGAAUCAUCUGGCACAACUGUCCCAGGUACUGAAUCAUCUGGCACAACUGUCCCAGGUACUGAAUCAUCUGGCACAACUGUCCCAGGUACUGAAUCAUCUGGCACAACUGUUCCAGGUACUGAAUCAUCUGGCACAACUGUUCCAGGUACUGAAUCAUCAGGGUCUACUGUUCCAGGUACUGAAUCAUCUGGCACAACUAUCCCAGGUACUGAAUCAUCAGGUUCUACUGUCCCAGGUACUGAAUCUUCAGGGUCUACUGUUCCAGGUACUGAAUCCUCAGGGUCUACUGUUCCAGGAACUGAAUCCUCAGGUUCUACUAUCCCAGGUACUGAAUCAUCAGGUUCUACUGUCCCAGGUACUGAAUCUUCAGGGUCUACUGUUCCAGGUACUGAAUCAUCAGGGUCUACUGUUCCAGGUACUGAAUCAUCUGGCACAACUGUUCCCGGCACUGAAUCAUCUGGCACAACUGUCCCAGGUACUGAAUCUUCAGGUUCUACUGUUCCAGGUACUGAAUCAUCUGGCACAACUAUCCCAGGUACUGAAUCAUCUGGCACAACUGUUCCAGGCACUGAAUCUUCAGGUUCUACUGUUCCAGGUACUGAAUCAUCUGGCACAACUGUUCCCGGCACUGAAUCAUCCAGCACUACACCAGAAUCAUCUAUUCCAAGUACUGUGACCAUUACUUCUGAAACUACCUUUUCAACACAAACCACCACGUGUAAGCCUACCCAUUGUGUGACUAUCAUCAAGUGUGGUGACAAGCGUUGUUGGACCAGGUCAAGAUGUAAGACUACUCAAUGUUCUACUACAACAACACCAGGUACUGAAUCAUCUGGUACAACUGUCCCAGGUACUGAAUCUUCAGGGUCUACUGUUCCAGGUACUGAAUCCUCAGGUUCUACUGUUCCAGGUACUGAAUCAUCUGGCACAACUGUCCCAGGUACUGAAUCUUCAGGUUCUACUGUUCCAGGUACUGAAUCAUCUGGCACAACUAUCCCAGGUACUGAAUCAUCUGGCACAACUGUUCCAGGCACUGAAUCAUCUGGUACAACUAUCCCAGGUACUGAAUCAUCUGGUACAACUGUCCCAGGUACUGAAUCAUCUGGCACAACUGUCCCAGGUACUGAAUCGUCAGGGUCUACUGUUCCAGGUACUGAAUCUUCAGGUUCUACUGUCCCAGGUACUGAAUCAUCUGGCACAACUGUUCCAGGUACUGAAUCAUCUGGUACAACUAUCCCAGGUACUGAAUCAUCUGGUACUACUGUCCCAGGUACUGAAUCAUCUGGUACAACUGUUCCCGGCACUGAAUCAUCUGGCACAACUUUCCCAGGUACUGAAUCAUCUGACACAACUGUCCCAGGUACUGAAUCAUCUGGCACAACUAUCCCAGGUACUGAAUCAUCUGGCACAACUGUUCCCGGCACUGAAUCAUCUGGCACAACUGUUCCAGGUACUGAAUCAUCUGGCACAACUGUUCCAGGUACUGAAUCUUCAGGGUCUACUGUUCCAGGUACUGAAUCAUCUGGCACAACUAACCCAGGUACUGAAUCAUCAGGUUCUACUGUCCCAGGUACUGAAUCUUCAGGGUCUACUGUUCCAGGUACUGAAUCAUCAGGGUCUACUGUUCCAGGAACUGAAUCCUCAGGUUCUACUGUUCCAGGUACUGAAUCAUCAGGUUCUACUGUCCCAGGUACUGAAUCAUCAGGUUCUACUGUUCCAGGUACUGAAUCAUCUGGCACAACUGUCCCAGGUACUGAAUCAUCUGGCACAACUGUCCCAGGUACUGAAUCGUCAGGUUCUACUGUUCCAGGUACUGAAUCAUCAGGUUCUACUGUUCCAGGUACUGAAUCAUCAGGUUCUACUGUUCCAGGUACUGAAUCAUCUGGUACAACUGUUCCCGGCACUGAAUCAUCCAGCACUACACCAGAAUCAUCUAUUCCAAGUACUGUGACCAUUACUUCUGAAACUACCUUUUCAACACAAACCACCACGUGUAAGCCUACCCACUGUGUAACUAUCAUCAAGUGUGGUGACAAUUGUUGUUGGACCAAGUCAAGAUGUAAGACUACUCAAUGUUCUACUACAACAACACCAGGUACUGAAUCAUCUGGUACAACUAUCCCAGGUACUGAAUCAUCUGGUACAACUGUCCCAGGUACUGAAUCUUCAGGGUCUACUGUUCCAGGUACUGAAUCUUCAGGGUCUACUGUUCCAGGAACUGAAUCCUCAGGUUCUACUGUCCCAGGUACUGAAUCAUCUGGCACAACUGUUCCAGGUACUGAAUCAUCUGGUACAACUAUCCCAGGUACUGAAUCAUCUGGUACAACUGUCCCAGGUACUGAAUCAUCUGGCACAACUGUCCCAGGUACUGAAUCGUCAGGGUCUACUGUUCCAGGUACUGAAUCUUCAGGUUCUACUGUCCCAGGUACUGAAUCAUCUGGCACAACUGUUCCAGGUACUGAAUCAUCUGGUACAACUAUCCCAGGUACUGAAUCAUCUGGUACUACUGUCCCAGGUACUGAAUCAUCUGGCACAACUGUCCCAGGUACUGAAUCGUCAGGGUCUACUGUCCCAGGUACUGAAUCAUCUGGUACAACUGUUCCAGGUACUGAAUCAUCUGGCACAACUGUUCCAGGUACUGAAUCAUCUGGUACAACUGUUCCAGGUACUGAAUCAUCUGGCACAACUAUCCCAGGUACUGAAUCAUCAGGUUCUACUGUCCCAGGUACUGAAUCUUCAGGGUCUACUGUUCCAGGUACUGAAUCUUCAGGGUCUACUGUUCCAGGUACUGAAUCUUCAGGGUCUACUGUUCCAG